UGGCACAACAAUUGCGGAAAGAGCGCUCGGUCAUUUUUAACUUGCAGAAGAGUCGACUACAUGCCCUUCAAAGCCUCUGUUCAGGAAAUUUAUACCAGUAAAUUUCACAGUAAAUGUACUGAUAAAAAAUACGACCUUUUGAAAUGGUUGUAUAGCAGUUGUAGGAGCAGCUCCACAGUAUCUUAGCCUAGCUUGAACCGGAGAGCUGCUGAACUGGACGAGUUAGGAGUAGGUUUGGAUAUUAAGUUUAGCUAAGUUGGGUUUUUACGACUAAAGGUUUGCUUCAGCAUCCUAACAUGGAGUCAUUUGGAACCGUUGGCACAGUUCUUGGAUGCUCUGCGGGCAUUGCGGUGUGUGGGCUUGUGUUUGCAGCCUACAAACUUGGCAUACUCUACCAGUUGUUUCACAAGACUGAAACACAAAGUCCACGGCAUGGUGGCGAAAGUGUGGCAGAGGUCCUCCGUGCCCAUGGGGUCAAGUAUGUUUUCACUCUUGUUGGUGGACACAUCUCGCCCAUCCUGGUGGCCUGCGAGAAGGUCGGCAUCCGCAUUGUGGACACCAGACACGAGGCCACUGCUGUCUUUGCUGCUGAUGCUGUGGCAAGACUCUCAGGCACUGUUGGUGUAGCAGCGGUAACUGCCGGCCCAGGCCUCACUAACACAGUUACAGCAGUGAAGAACGCUCAGAUGGCUGAAUCUCCAUUGCUCCUCAUAGGGGGAGCUGCUGGUACACUACUGCAGGGCAGAGGAGCGCUGCAAGAUAUCGACCAGAUGUCUCUGUUCAAGCCGCUGUGUAAGUUCUGUGCCUCCAUCAGGACUAUCAGAGAGAUUGUGCCUACGGUCAGGAGGGCCCUGGCCAUCGCCCAGUCUGGAACUCCUGGUCCUGUUUUCAUAGAGUUCCCCAUCGACACACUCUACCCCUACCACCUGGUGUCCAAAGAGUUUGGGGUUAAGAACCCUCCCAAAGGCCUGAUGGGAAAAAUCGUCUCAUGGUACCUCAGUAACCACCUCAUGAACCUGUUUGCUGGAGCCUGGGAAACCAGAGAUGUGUCUCCACUUCCCGUUGACAUUCCACAAGCCACAGACGAUCAGGUACAAAGGUGCAUAGAGCUGGUGAGUCGAGCCAAGAAACCUGUUAUUCUGCUGGGUAGCCAAGCAACACUACCCCCAACACCGGUCGAUGACAUUAGGAAGGCAUUGGAGGACCUGGGCAUUCCCUGCUUCCUUGGGGGCAUGUCUCGUGGCAUGCUGGGUAAAGACAGUCCCAUCCACAUCAGACAGAACAGGAGAGAUGCUCUGAAGGAAGCUGACCUGGUGCUCUUAGCAGGCACUGUGUGUGACUUCCGCCUGAGCUACGGCAGAGUUCUCAACCGACGAAGCAAGAUCAUCGCUGUCAACAGAGAUAAGACACAGCUGCUGAAAAACUCAGAUAUGUUCUGGAAACCAACUAUAGCAAUUCAGGGUGAUGCUGGUUCAUUCUUAGUGCAGCUUUCUAAAGGCCUGAAGGGCCAUCGCUGUCCAGAGGAAUGGCCUCAGAGCCUCAAAGCAGGAGAUGUGACCAAAGAAAAUGUAAACAGGGCUAAAGCUGAUGAGAAGACAGAACAUCACCUAAAUCCACUAAAUGUCCUCCACCGUGUGGAUGAGCUGAUGGCAGAGGACAGCAUCAUUGUCGCUGAUGGCGGUGAUUUUGUUGGAAGUGCUGCUUACAUAAUGAGACCAAGAGGACCUAUGCGCUGGCUGGAUCCAGGAGCCUUUGGGACCCUGGGAGUUGGAGGAGGAUUUGCCCUGGGGGCAAAACUGUGCCGACCUGAAUCUGAGGUGUGGAUAGUGUAUGGUGACGGCUCCUUAGGAUACAGUGUUGCAGAGUUCGACACGUUCACCAGACACAAGACACCAGUUAUAGCUGUGGUGGGAAAUGAUGCAUGUUGGAGUCAGAUCUCCAGAGAGCAGGUUCCCAUCCUUGGCAGCAACGUGGCGUGUGGCCUUGCAUUUACAGAUUAUCACAUAGUGGCAGAUGGUUACGGUGGUAAGGGCUACCUUAUAGGGCGUGAGGACGAGGACAGGCUAAGCAACAUCAUCAGACAGGCUCAAAAGGAGACCCAGGAGGGCAAGGCUAUACUUCUCAAUGUUCUGAUAGGGAAGACCAACUUUAGAGAGGGCUCUAUCUCUGUUUAGAGCAGAGAUAUUUUUCUUUAACACUGGCUAUCUUCACAGAGUUUUACUAUUAGACUCUGAAAGGAUUUCAGCAAGUAGGACAAAAUUAUUUAACCUUGCCCUGACCAGACCUCUGCUAAUUCUGUGUGCCCUUAAAGCCAUAUUUCACUUUGAUAAGAGGAACUGUCCACAUUAUGCUGCUUUCCCAUAAGAGUUCAGUUAUGAUAUCACUUACUUCCCUCAUCGGAUUAGUCAUAAAUCAUAUUAGUAAAUCAUACAAGUACCAGUCAUGACUAUUAUUAUUAUUAUUAUUAUUAUUAUUAUUAUUAUUAUUAUUAUUCAUAGCCACUUUAUUUAUUUAUGUAUUUAUAUAUAUUUAUUAACUCUUAUGUUCCACUUAUGCUUAAAACAUAGCUGCAGAUCUGACAGCCUAGAAACUAAAGCUUUUGUUGUGCGUGCUACUUUCAGGGUUAUGUUGUGUUCUUUGAAAGCAUUUUGAGAAGGGGAAUUACGAAAAGUAAGAAAACCUUGCUUUGAUUAGGAAUUUUACCUCUUCGGGUGCUUUGGAGUUUUAUUUUUUACCUUUAACCAGCCUAUUAUAACUUAGAUAGAUGUUUCUUGCAAAUAAACAAGUGACAGAAAAUCA